AUGGUUUCCUCAGUUACGGACUGGGGCGGCAGUCCGACGGACUGGGGCGGCAGUCCGACGGACUGGGGCGGCAGUCCGACGGACUGGGGCGGCAGUCCGACGGACUGGGGCGGCAGUCCGACGGACUGGGGCGGCAGUCCGACGGACUGGGGCGGCAGUCCGACGGACUGGGGCGGCAGUCCGACGGACUGGGGCGGCAGUCCGACGGACUGGGGCGGCAGUCCGACGGACUGGGGCGGCAGUCCGACGGACUGGGGCGGCAGUCCGACGGACUGGGGCGGCAGUCCGACGGACUGGGGCGGCAGUCCGACGGACUGGGGCGGCAGUCCGACGGACUGGGGCGGCAGUCCGACGGACUGGGGCGGCAGUCCGACGGACUGGGGCGGCAGUCCGACGGACUGGGGCGGCAGUCCGACGGACUGGGGCGGCAGUCCGACGGACUGGGGCGGCAGUCCGACGGACUGGGGCGGCAGUCCGACGGACUGGGGCGGCAGUCCGACGGACUGGGGCGGCAGUCCGACGGACUGGGGCGGCAGUCCGACGGACUGGGGCGGCAGUCCGACGGACUGGGGCGGCAGUCCGACGGACUGGGGCGGCAGUCCGACGGACUGGGGCGGCAGUCCGACGGACUGGGGCGGCAGUCCGACGGACUGGGGCGGCAGUCCGACGGACUGGGGCGGCAGUCCGACGGACUGGGGCGGCAGUCCGACGGACUGGGGCGGCAGUCCGACGGACUGGGGCGGCAGUCCGACGGACUGGGGCGGCAGUCCGACGGACUGGGUUGGUUGGUUGGUUGUUUGA